AUGUCCGAGCUGCGAAUAACAUCCCUGCCAGAUCUUAUCUCGCCACGAAUCGCCUUUCCGGGAAUUGACAGUAUCGGCGGCGUAUUCUUCGCCAACAUUGCUUUCGAAUGGAUAACCCACAACAUUAUCAACCGUGUCAAACAAGUAACAAGUGGGACCACUGCCCCGACGCAGCCACAACAAGAGGAGGAGGAAGAGGACGAAGAAGAGGACGACGACGAUGACGAGGGUCUUGUCGAGGAGCAACUGAAUCAGAAUGACGCAGACAUGCAUGGAAGCAGGCCUGCAUCACCCAAACCUUCUAGUUCUGCGGAUGUACGGGUCUCCAGUAAUCCUCCCACCCAUGAGGAGCAAGCAACACCUGCGCCGGAACAGAAAAGGCGACCGGGCAGACCACGCGGUUCCAAAAACCGAAGGCCACGAGUCGGCUCCGCGAAACAUGAGUCGCAAUUCCAAGCUUCAGCAACUAGCACAACACCAGCAUCCACUGGUCCUCCUUCGCAUCCGAACAUUACACCUCAGAAUCAGCAAUACUAUGAGUUUCAAUGGCGGGUGCUUAACCUUUGCGCGGAAUUUUAUGGUGCUGCUGAGGAGUUGGUGAAAGGAACUUCGCCUUUGGUCGUCGCUCAAUGCUACCAUAUGGGCCCUGGCGUCAAGGUCGAUCCAUUGGCAAUGCUAGGAGAUGCAAAGCGAGUGUGCGAUACUUUACUAGCCAAUCCUUCUCAACUCGUCACAAAUCCACCGCCCCCUAUCUAUCCGGUUUUGCCCACGAUUUAUCAACCAGCACCCCAACCGCCAGCUGCGACGCCUGUCGCGUCAACCUCAACCUCAACAGCCACACCAGCCGCCACCGUUGCUCCGACGCCAGGCGUGAUUACCGGAGCCCAGUCGUUCGUCGUACCACUCGGUACACAGCCUGGUUAUCCAUAUGCAACUAUGUAUGGUGCUGCUCCUGGCCAAUACCCUACUACACCGUACUAUCACCAGUAUGCUGCCUACCACCCUGGCGCGUAUUAUGCCCAACCACAACCUAUCCCUACGGCUCAACCUACCGCAAGCACGUCGACUGCUCCUGCUCCUACUCCUGCGCCAGCAGUGACUACAACGCAAGUCCAACCGACCGCCACGAUCACCACAACUCCUGCGACAGGAGGAACGAUGAUCGGAAAUCAGGGUGCUUGGUCGGACGAGGAAAUGGAACAGUUGAAAAAGCUCGCAGAACGGAGCAAAGCAACAGGAACGUCUGGUGAAAUCGACUGGGACUGGGUGGUUCAAGAAUGGGGUAUCAGCAGAACAAGACAUCAAAUCCUCAUCAAAGCGACAGCCCUGGGAUUGAAGGAAAGUUCGACUCGUGCCCCCAAGCGGCGUCGAGGAGAGGAUGGUACAGACGUCCCAGUCAUGUCCUCUCUUCAGCCCUCAACUUCGAACACGUCAAAUCCGUCGACAACGCCCGUUGCUGUGUCGUCGAUGGCGUCCCCUGCGCAAAGUACGAACCAGUCCGCCCCGACGCCCUCCGCCUCGCCCGCCUUGCAAAACCAACAACGUCCCUCGUCGUCCAAAGGCCCAGUCACAGCAGCACCUGCCCCAAAGAUGCCCUGGCCGAUGCCCACCGUCGCUGUGAGUACGGUACCCGUCAUAACAACUCCGGCGACGACGCAUGAACAACAGCGCACGAGCUAUUAUCGGCCACGGCCGAACCAGACGGAUUCGAGCGGCAAGACGACACCGACGGCGACAGGGCCAAUAUCUCAUCAACAGCCAGUAACGCAUCAAUACAUGUAUACGCCCAAUGGACAGGCAAGCAGAUGA